AUGCCAUGGUUCAGUGGCCGGUGUACAAGCGCAGUGAAACUUAUUGGAAAAACUGCUAUAAUAACGGGAUGUAACACUGGGAUCGGCAAAGAAACUGCUUUAGAUUUCUACAAAAGAGGCGCUAAAGUAAUAAUGGCUUGUCGCAAUUUGGACAAAGGAGAAGAGGCAAAAAAAGACAUAGAAAACAAAUGCAAAGAUCUUCCAGAGUCCGGUAAAUUGGUUUUGGAGAAAUGUGACCUGGCUUCACUCAAUUCAGUGCGAGAUUUUGCCAAAAAGAUUCUGGAUAAUGAGCCGCAGGUUAAUAUACUAGUGAACAAUGCUGGAAUUAUGAUGUGCCCCAAAGGAGAAACCGAAGAUGGAUUUGAAACACAGCUUGGGACAAAUCAUUUGGCACAUUUCCUUUUGACUUUGCUUUUACUACCCAGACUACGAAACAGUAAACCAGCGAGAAUUGUCACUGUUUCCUCUAAAGCUCAUACAAGAAAUGGUAUGAAAUUGGAUGAUUUAAAUUUCAAGGUGAGACGAUACAAUGCCGCUGAAGCUUAUUCGCAAAGCAAACUGGCCAAUGUAUUGUUUUCAAAAGAACUGGCAGCCAAACUAAAGGAGCACAAUAUAGACGGUGUGAACACAUACUGUUUGCAUCCAGGUGUAAUAAAAACAGAGCUGGGUCGUCACCUUGAUGAGACACUGUUCCGAGGAGCACGCUUACUCAUAGGUACUGUUUUUGGACCAUUUCUUAAAAGUCCAGAACUGGGAGCUCAAACAACCAUAUAUUGUUCAGUAGAUGAGAAAUGUGCAAAUGAAACUGGAUUAUAUUACAGUGACUGUGUGGUCACCAGCCCAUCUCACAAUGGUCGCAAUGAUGAGUAUGCAAAAAAACUAUGGGAAAUUUCAAUGGACCUUGUAGGUCUUAAAGACUAUAAUCCCUUUACAGCCCAUGACCCUGGAGUAAAGUCUUAAGUGACUGUAAACAUAAUAGAAAAUGUCCACAUUAUAUUACUGGUGCAGGGUUUAUAUAUAUAUACCUAUAUAAUACCUAAUUUUGUAUAGAAUUAUCAUAAAUACCUUGGUUUUUUUAAUACAAUUUGUAACAAUGCGAGUUACAAAAAUGAAUAAUAUAACUUCUUGGAAAAAAACUGUCUUCUAAAAUUUGCUUAUUGGCUUUUUUCGAUCCCCUUAUCAGAUUUU